CCGUGGUUUUGUUUUACGAAGUCAAUUUGAUACACCCUCAAACUAAACGCUUCUGCAGAAGCAAAGCGCUGUGCGCUGUGUUGUUGCUGCGUGAAAAAGUGCUGCAAUGUCGUAAAUGUAUAUCUUCUUUGUACAGUAAUGGUCAUGUCUUCAGACAUCCUGAAGUUCCAAAAUUUGCGCAUGCAGGCUAUAGAAAACGACUCCCUGAGGGAGGAUGAUUGAAAGCGUAUCACGACGUGCUUUCAGUGGUUCCAGUGGAACAUACAACGUGAGAGCCUCCGAGCUGGCGCGUGACAGAAGACUAAAGACCCUCACAGCCACUGUGGUAUUUCUCGAUGACUCUCAGCACUGCUUUCAGUUGGAGAAGCGUGCCAAAGGCCAGGUUUUGCUGGACCUGGUGUUCCAGCAUCUGGAACUCAUCGAGAAAGAUUACUUUGGGCUACAAUAUUCAGAUAAUGGAGUUCUACCAACACCGCCAAAUCCUGACGUGAUGAGAUGGCUAGAUCCUGCUAAACCCGUUAAAAAACAGAUUAAAGGAGGUAGCCUGUACUUCAGAGUAAAAUUUUAUGUCUCCGAUCCAAGCAAACUUCAAGAAGAGUACACUCGUUACCACUUGUACCUUCAAGUUCGUCAAGAUAUUUUGCAAGGAAGGCUUCAAGUUUCUCCAAGCACAGCUUGCCUUCUUGCCAGUUAUACUGCACAAUCGGAGUUAGGAGACUAUCAUCCGGAAGAACAUGGACCAGGCUAUCUCUCACAUCUUCAACUCAUGCCAGGACAAACGGAAGAAAUGGAAAGGAAAGUGGCAGAACUCCACAAGUUGCACAAGGGUCAGACUCCUGCAGAUUCAGAGUUUAAUUUUCUAGAUCAUGCGAAACGACUUGAAAUGUAUGGAGUAGAUUUACAUCGAGCAAGACAGGAUUCUUCAGGCAAAGAGAUACAACUCGGUGUAACAUCUAUUGGACUUGUAGUCUUCCAAAAUAAUGUUAGAAUUAACACAUUCUCUUGGUCCAAAAUUGUAAAACUGUCAUUCAAGAGGAAGCAGUUCUUUGUGCAGCUGCGAAGAGAGCCGUCUGAAAACUAUGAUACUCUCCUUGGUUUCAAUAUGCUCACAUAUAGAUCAUCUAAAAAUCUUUGGAAGUCAUGUGUUGAACAUCAUACAUUUUUCCGUCUCCAUUCACCUCAUGUGAGACCAAGGAGAUUUCCUCUCAGCCUGGGUUCAAAAUUUACCUACUCUGGUCGCACAGAGUUCCAAACAGUGGAAGAUGGCAGGCAACGUGCCCGCACGGAUCGCACUUUUGUACGCACUCCAAGUAAAAGACCUUUCAGGACUACUGUUUCUGCUGCUGCUGUUGAGGAUAAAACUGUUUUAUCAGUGGCACCUACUCGUACACCAAGACCCCAUGACAAUAAAGUGACUUCUCUUGGGGCUCGGGAGCCUCGCAAGGCGUGGGGUGAAGCUUCUCAUCCAUCAGACGAUGAGGGUGGAUUUUUGGAUGUGAGAGGUGAGGAGAGGAUUGGUAGGCCAUUUACACCUUCACUCCCUUCAAGCCGGGCUAUGACUUAUGUUGAUGAAGAACCAGUUGAACCAGAACUGGCUGUGAACGGCAGCACAACAACCAGUACUUUUGAAAUGCCAAGUCUUACAGAACUACAACCACCUCAGCCACCUCCUGAAGAAGGUUUAGUAAUGAUACGGAUCAGCCCAGAUGAACAGGGAAGGUUUGGAUUUAAUGUUAAAGGUGGAGCUGAUCUGAGUAUGCCUAUACUUGUCUCAAGAGUUGCUCCUAACACACCAGCCGAUCGAUCCUACCCUAAAUUAAAUGAAGGUGAUCAAGUCCUACUAAUAAAUGGGCGGGAAGUGGCUGGUUUGAGCCAUGACCAAGUUGUUAACCGUAUCAGGGAUUCACGGGAUGGGCAUUGUGGAGAGUUAGUUCUCACUGUUAGACCAAAUGCCAUGUAUGAGGCUCAUGAAGAAGAGGAACCACCUUACCAGUAUGUCCCUGACACAAUUGGAGGUUCUGGCAGUGGACCUACUGGUCCAUUGGCUAGCGGUGAUGCACUUGCCCAAUCUAUGCUGUUGUUGGAGGAUGGCUUAGCAAGUGGUGCUCUUUUAGCACAAUUUGAACAGCUUUAUCGCAAAAAUCCGCAACUCACAGCUAAUGAAGCUCGGAAACCUGAGAACCAAAUGAAAAAUAGAUACAGAGAUAUUUCCCCAUAUGAUACAACCCGGGUGAUUUUGCGGGCUGGAUCCACUGGAGAUUACAUCAAUGCAAACUAUGUUGAUAUGGAAAUACCUGGUUCAGGAAUCAUCAAUAAGUAUAUAGCUUGUCAAGGUCCUUUAUCAAAUACUGUUCAAGACUUCUGGCAGAUGGUUCUUGAAGCUCGAAGCACCUUAGUUGUUAUGUUAACCACUGUGAUUGAGCGAGGGAGAACCAAGUGUGCUCAAUAUUGGCCAGAAGUUGGUAGCACCAUGGAACUGAAUAAUGAAAUAACAGUCACUUGUAACAGUGAAAUAACUGAUUCGACUCAUAGCUUUGUUUUCCGAGAAUUUGUUUUGCGCCAGGCAUCGACUAAGGAAGUACAAAAUAUAUGCCACAUGCAGUACUUGGCAUGGCCUGACCAUGGUGUUCCAGAAGAUUGGAUCCGUUUCGUUGAAUUUACUGAGAAGGUUCGUCAUGCAAGACGUGGCAUGGUUGAUCCAACUAUUGUUCAUUGUUCUGCUGGUAUUGGUAGAACUGGUGUUUUAAUUUUAAUGGAGACAGCAAUGGGACUCAUUGAGGCAAAUCAGCCUGUCUAUCCCCUGGAUAUAACACGAUCAAUGCGUGACCAACGGGCUUUAAUGAUCCAGACGCCAGCACAAUAUCAUUUUGUAUGCAGUAGUGUGCAUAGGGCUUUCAGUGAAGGCAGGGUAAAACCAUUGCCAGAAUUUAGCAGGUGAGGUUGCCAUUGAAGAACUUACAAACUUUGCCAGUGAAUUUAAUUAACAAGAUUAGUGAAAAGAUGCAGCUGUGAGGGCUGCUUUUGUUUUCCUAUUGUUCUUCAUUGGCUGACCAAAUGAUGCCUGCUGCUAUGAUAAAAGUGAGUUGUAGUUAAUGUUAUUGAACUCCAGUCCUUCCACACAAUCGUCCUUAGGGCUCACUGUCCUGCUGGUUGCCGUCCACCUUUCAAUCUCAUAUUAUGUUCAUUUAACAGCUUGGUUAGACAUUGACAUUAGACUAUUUAAGUAAAAAAAUACCAGAAGUCUGAAUUUCAUUUCCUCUCAUCAUGCUUAACAUUGGGAGGGUUCAUCAAAAAGUUAUUUAUGCUGUUAUGAUUUAAAACUGGCCUAGCGUAAAUUCAAUGGCUUAAUUAAAAGAGGAAGAGUUGUGAUAUCAAAGGUCUUGCAGUAAACAAAGAAUGACAUUCUGACAUUUUUUUUAGACCUGACAAUUAUUCUGUAGGUAUUUGUAUGAAUAAAUUUUGCGACCUUGAUAUGCAUUUGGUGGGGAACAGUUUUUUUUUUUUCCUUUUUUUUUUUCUCGUAUGUGUGUGCAGGAAUUUUUUAAGAUUCUGCUACUGAGGCUCACAUCAGUAUUUGAGGGUAGAAACAAUCAAACUUCUUCCUCCUUUGUAUAUUAAAAAGAAGAUGUUUCUUUGAACUUUUCUUUAUAGUUUAAAUUGCUUGUCACAAGUGCAUAUUCAGUGAUAUAUAGAUUAGUUAAUAGGCAGUUUAAUCAAUUCUACAUAUCCAGGAAACUUUUAGUUUGCUGCUAAAUUGAAAUCUUCUAAAACAAUAAUGUGUUAGCCUAAACCAAUUUAUCUGACGUUAAUUUGAUUUAAAUUGUUUUCUUGCUCAUCUAUUUGUCUUCCUAACGUUCAUAGUGAAUUUGUGUUCAUUUGCUUUUUUUAAAUUUUUGUGUGACAUGUAUGUGCUUUUUCUGCUAUUACGUAUUGAGAAUGCUUGGUAUAGUCUGGUCCUGUGUCCGGUUAAAUUACUUCAUUUUUUGCGUUAGCAUUAACUUUGGCCGAAGUGAGAUACUUUUGUGUUUCAUGUGCACUAGCAUCCCACGAGAGCCCACUUUAAUUGUGUCACUUAACACUGCGUUCUCUUUUCUGCCUGAAUGACCUAAGAACUCAAUUAAAACAGCAAACCAAUCAAAAUGAAAAAAUUCUUAGCAAUUUUUUCAGUUGCUUUUUAGAAUACUUGUAUGAUGUCAGUUAUGAAACUGAUAUAUAAAUGUAGUAAUUUGUGGGGGACCCAGUUUGUGUGCAAUCAUGGUUCUUAUUUUAUUUGUAUAUCUGAGCUUUAACCAUUCAUCUUUUAUUCAUGCCAUUUGAACCUAAUUCCUUUCUAAUCUGCUCAUUUGCUUGCCUAUUGUCUCAUUGUGCAUCUCAGGAAACUUUGGUACUCUAGUGGAUUCCUAACUUCACAUUGAAGACACAAUUUUUGUUUCUUGAUAUGUAUGCAUGGCAUCUUUUACUGAUAGAAUGAUACCACCUAUUGUUUUUAAUGAUUUCAAAAUAGUUUUUUUAACCAAUUAAUUUAUGUUCUACUGGUACUGUAGAAAUUUGUGUUUUAUGAAAUUUUGUGAUGAUCUUAAUGCUGUGAGCAAAUUGCAGUGUGCACGGCACUCUUAUCAAAUCCUCGGAUUGGCAGAAGAUACUUCUACAUUUGCUGAAGUCUGUUGAUUCAUGUUAUGUUAAAUUUUUAUUCUAGAAUUGAUCAUCUGUCAAAAUAGGAGGCUUGUGAAUUUUAAGUAGAUUCUUGUCUUGGGUUAAAGUAUGUGUGUAUGCUCAAAGAAGAUGAAGUCUGACAUGAAAGAUAAGUUUCUUAAUUGUAUUCAAAAACAGUGAUUAUAUUAGGAAUUAGCAUACUUAAUUAAAGCAGCUGUCUAAAAUUGUCUAAUGAACACCAUUUCUUUCACAGUUGUGCUCUAAUUCUUUACAUAUCUCUCAUCUAGAGAAAUACUGAGGUGGGGCCUUGACAAGAAUCAUUAACCUUUGUAGGGGAGUGUUUUGAUAUGGAUUUGGUGCACACUGCAUGAGCGUAAUUCAGUCAGUCAAAGUGUGCACUUGUAUGUUUUUUAAAUUUAUUUUUGUGUAGAUAAUGAAAAUAAUGUAUAAAGAUGUCUGUAUGUAUUUAGUUGUCCUCUGUUCAACAUGAUGGAAGUUUCUAAUUGUUGUGAUUCAGACUUUUUAUAGAGUAUAUGUUAAAAUAAUAUAUUUAUUUAAUUUUGUGUUCUUUUCAAAUGCUUUGAUUGUUCUGUGUACUGUGUUUUGCUAAAAUCAGGAAAACUGUAUGUGCUUUCUACAGUGUAUUUCUCAUCUUCUCAUGUAGUAAUUUGAAUGUAAAGGUACAUUACGUCAUGUAUACAGGGUACCUUAGAUGUUAGGCAGUUCCACAUUGUGUUCAUAGUUUUGUUUCAUCUCUCUUGAACUGAUUAAGGGUGCCAAUGUUCUUUCCAUUAGGUCAUAAGGCUGUUAUUUCAUCAAGGUUAGUUUGUUUCCUCAUUUCAUUCUCAAAGGAUACAACAGAACCUAGCCAUUGGAAAAAGUUUUGGAAACACAACUUUUCGUUUCAUUACAAAGCCUUGUGUGGGACUAAAGUUAUUUCAAGUUCCCUUUGUAUAUUAAAUUGGAUCAUAUCUGACUGCAAUUUUUUUCUUCAUAAUAGAGAUUAUUAUUUCAUCCACUGAGCAUUAAUGCACACUUCAGUGCUUGUCUAGUCGAAUCAUUGUAUUGAAACCUUUAAGGAAAUGUUAAUUGGAGCAAUUAUUUAGCUAUGUAUUGUAAUUUUAGAGGACAUAAUUACCAAAUCCUCAAAAUCACCAAUGAUACAUGUAAAAGCGGUGCAGACUGAUUUAUUUACCUAGUAAUCAUUCAGUUGCUGCAAAAUGUAGAUGUACUUAUAAAUCUCAAACUUGAUUUGUGAAGUCUUACACAGCUAAAAUGUCUCUCAUAAUUGCAGUGGCAGUGUGAUUAUUUUUUAUGUAGAAUAGAGAUUAAUUUUGAAAUUGAGGUUUGUGAUUGCUUCUUUUCCUCACCAAGUCCUUGUAGGUAGUUCUGGCGGCAUAAUAAUUUGUGGUGUAUUUUUCUGUAAUAAUAAUUCAUUGUAACACAUUUAACGAAGGAUGGUUGUGUAAGACAGAACCUGUGACAAUAUUGUUGAAUUGAUAGUGAAUAUACUGGUUUCAUUCAAGA